AAUAGCGCUUCGAUCUCAUCGUUCUCUCACCUGCAAGGCCGAUGCGUGUAGGUUGGAUUUGUGAAUUCAAUUUUUAAAGUAACUUUAAACAUUAAUAAUUCACACACCCUCAUUGUUCAUUCCCACCCUUCACUUGCUUUGAAUUCUCCGCUCUUCUUUCACAGCAAUGGCUGCCACUUCCCAUUCUCUCCUCUCCUUCAUCAAUACUCAAUGCCCCAACAAACCCAGAUGCCUUCUUCCUCCUACAAACUCUAAAUCCCUCUUCAGAUCUCCUUCUCUCUCUUUUCGUUCGAAGUCGCUUCCCACUUUCCGCUGUUCUCUCAAUAAUGAUGACGAUCCCAUUGAAAAGAAAUUUGCAUCUUUUCCCACUGUCAUGGAUAUCAAUGAGAUUCGUAAAAUUUUGCCCCACAGGUUCCCGAUUCUUUUAGUCGAUAGAGUGAUUGAAUAUAAUCCUGGGGUCUCGGUUGUUGCUAUAAAGAAUGUCACCAUAAAUGAGAGUUUCUUUCCAGGGCACUUCCCCGAGAGGCCCAUCAUGCCUGGUGUUCUCAUGGUUGAGGCACUGGCUCAAACUGGCGGUAUAGUUAUGCUGCAACCAGAGGUGGGAGGCUCUCGCGAAAAUUUCUUCUUUGUUGGUAUCGAUAAAGUGAGGUUUCGAAAACCUGUGAUCGCAGGAGACACAUUGGUCAUGCGAAUGACUCUUGUCAAGUUGCAGAAGAAGUUUGGAAUUGCCAAAAUGGAAGGGAAGGCAUAUGUUGGGGGGGAAGUCGUCUGCGAAGGCGAGUUCUUGAUGGCAAUGGGCAAAGAAGAAUGAAAAAUUUUCUCUACCAUGUCGGUUGUUAUGAUGCUCGCGGUUUUGAUUUAUUUCUUACUUUUUGGGAUCAAAAUUUGAGAGUUAGGAUUUUGCACUUCCAGGAAUAACUGUUUGAUAUCAUGCUUCACUAUAUAUCUAUGGAUUUCAUUGAAGCAGUAUUAAUCUUAUGGUCUUCUUCAUA